GACUACCCUCCCCAGACCCCACAUGUUGGGAUCAAACUGGGUUAGUUGUUGUUGUUGUUGUUGGGGAGGCAUGUGCUAAAAGUAACUAGUUGUGUAUAGAAUAGUGAUUACAUUGAAGCGUAUGUAUUUUUCAUUGUACUCACAAACGAAUUAAUUUCUUACAAAACUACAUAGGAAUCUUAACAUUAUUGUUGAGAGAGAAUCAGAUAUAAUGAGUCAAUCACCAUUUUUACAUCCAAAACAAAUUAAUUUACUGGAUUUAUAGUGCAAAUUAUUUAUUGUGAUUAUAGUUCGACUCCAACAGAGAUUGAACAAGAGCUUGCUGAAUAACUCUAUAUAUUAUGUGAAUGUAACAAUUGUCGAUUUCAUUGCGUGGUACUUUGGUACUAUUUACUUUGAAACUGAUUCUAAUAAUAUCAAGAUUAUGAACGCCAUUUAUAGCAUUAAGAUGCCAUAGAGUAAUAUAAUACCAUUUUUCUUGCACUUACUGUGACAAGGGCAUGCAACCAAGUGGAGGAAUUUAUAGACUCAUACUGCUUGUUCUAGUCCUGUCUUCAAUUAAUCAGUGGUAUUUUUAUCAGCCAAAUGUAGUAAACAUGGGAUCGAAUAAGAAAAGAGACUGGUCUGCUUAGUUUAUCAAGAAGGAAGCGGUGCCCGCAAGAAAUAGGUUAACUUAGCAGCUUUUCAUCCAAAAGGCUAGGAAAAAAUUGUACUCAAUACGAAAGUUAUCUGACUAUUUUCUUAUUUGGUUUGAUUAUCAAAAACUAGAAGAAAAUCAAAGAGACAGUAUGCUUAAGCGGUCCGUUACUGACUUCGUAGUUCGAGAACCCUCUUACUAAGAAUAGAUUUGCUUCGCCUGGAAAAAUCCUGUUUUACUAAAUAUUAGAGAUGUCACUGGUGGUAUCUUCCCAUCCAGCAAGCUAUUGUUUAAUGUCCUUUUUCCUUUUUAUCUUAUUUGAUUCGAUAGGGAUGGUGGUAGUAUUUUGACUUUGGUGUGUCUCCUAGUUAGCCUCGAGUCUUACCAUGCCAAUGAUGAAAUUAGUCGGCUUCAUAUUACUAGUUUCUUAGGUAUAGAGGAGCUUCAGAAUGUUGUUGUGACCAUCCACUGGGAUAUUCACAGAGGAUACAAGGAUGGUUGUUUUUAGUUGAUUGGAUGUCCUACUCAUCCAUACAGUUGGACAUUAUUAGCAUAAGAUUAUGCUCCCUGUGACAAAAUCUAUGUACUGUUUCUGUCAAAACACUUUAGGCAAUUGUAGCAGGACAUCAUCCAAAACUUUCAAGUGAUGUCUCGUUGGUUGCUAUUUUUGGUUCAACUGUGAAUUCCAGCUGCUUGGGUGUUGGUUCUUACGACCACUUUAUUCAGUUGGUCAUGUAGAAUUUUAGUUAUUUGCUGAAAACUUUUUUCUGCCAUGAAUUUAAUUUUGAAUGUAUGAUCUCUUACGUUAAUGUCUAAAUUGUUAUAUCAGAGAAGCUCAAUGUGAUCCUUGUUUCAUCAAGUCAUUGAGCUGUGCGUUAACGUUGAAAGAAUCUGAGAAUCGGUUUAAAUGAGAAAACUGUUAACAUUUUUGAAAGCCUGAUAUAUAUAUUUCCUCAGAUCGUGUAUGGUAUCAAUUUCUCCUUGAAAUUUUCUUUUCACUUUUUUGUUUCUGCAGCAUCCUUUUACCUAUUGCCUUUUCCUGAACUUGUUUGAAAAUGCUUCUAAAGAAAAGAUUCAAUUGAAAUUGUGACUGCUAUCGUAUUGAUCACGCUAACUUGCAUCCUUCACUACUUCUCUUGGAAUUUAUCAAAGAAGAGUGACUUGGAGUAUAUUUGAUUGUCAGAUAGAGGACAGAUAUGAAAGCCAAAGAGGUGAAAUUGUUUCUGGUUGUCAUGUAUAGAUAAUCAAGCGCAGGAAAUCAUUCAUGUCUGGAUAAGCGAGAAACAAGAGAGGAAGUAUAGAUUACUUAUUAAGAAAAAAAUGAUGGAAGAAGAUGAUGUAUUAGUCAAUAUUAAAAAGAACAAGUUCGUUAUUAGUUUACUUAUGGUUCCUGUUGGAUUUGACAAGAAAAUAUACACAAUAUAAGAGCUGUCAAGCCUUUCAUUUAUGUAUGUCCAAUUAUAGGAGAAAAGAUAUUUACACAAGUACUUGAUUCCCCUAUAUCCAAACCCCUUUGCUGCAUUUAAUGUGUCGAUAUAUGAAACCAAAAACUAGUUCACAUUUAGUUUCUUUCAUUCUAUUUGGAUGCAAAAAUUAAUUCUUUGUAGAUUACAGUCUGGAGUGCAUAAGAUAUUUGUGGGUAUGUGUCAAGGAAAGGUUGAAAAGACAAUGCAGCCCUGGCAUUGUGUGUUAAAGCGUCAUUCCCUAUGCUGAAGUACCCAAUCUAUUUCUCUGCAUUCCUUGUUUAUCAGGGUGAAGCAAAGCUUAUUUGGUUGAAAGACCAAAAUAGCCCUAGCGAUGUGUGAGAAGGCGGAGAGGCCUAUGAUGUGCUCAGUUUUCCUUCCUUUCCAAUUAGUUUAUUGAAUAGCUGCACGAGACAUACCCUAUUUGCCUUCGUCCUUUCUCUGGCGGUAGAUCAGCUUACUGGUGGUACUUCAUGUCAGGGUUUAUAUUAAGUCCAGGACACACGAGAUAGUUGCUGCAACAUUAGCUGUUUCAGAUUAGUGUGUAACUGCUAAAGCUGACCCACAGGUGAAAAGAUGAAUCACGGUGAGAAUAUGGAGUCCAAUAUUGAUUAUCACAUACAAGAUGAGGCGGAAAGGCUGCUUAAAGAGAUUGAACUGAUGACGAAGAAUGUUGAGAACUCUAAAUUAUAUGCUGAAUUGUGCUUCGAUCUCGAACAGAAUGAAGCAAUUCAAAAACAUCUGUUUCGCCAUUUAGGCUCCCAUUCACGCAUUCAGCUGGUAAUCUAUUCUUUGGGAAGCAUGGAAUACAGUUUUCAUUCACAGUUUCAGCUUGCCAUAGUUCUCCUACUAAAACGAGAUUUUUCCAAUCUGAUUGGCAAUAUUGAAGUAUAUGAUCCUGCAAUGUCUCCCGCUGAUAUCAUAGUUUUCAAGGAACUCGGUAUUGAGGUUCUAACCAUUGAUGAAAAUUGUAAGAGGCAAGUCCAGAAACCAACAAUGUUCUACAUGCCUUAUCCUAAUUAUAAUCUUAUCGGCAACCUGCUGGGAGCAAACUGGUCUUCGUCUUGUAUCAACCAGAUUUUUCUACUGACAAACUCAUUUCGCAGUACAUUGAACCUUAUUCGACAGUGUGAUUUUAGUGGAGAAACUGUGCAACGUCUAGAGAGAAUUCUCGGUUUCACAACAGAAAUUGACAUACAAACUAGCUAUGACAUGAUGUAUAUUAGUUUGUUCUCAGUAUUUUCUUGGCAUUUCUUUGAUGUGGAUCCCAACGUUGACAUGGAAACUUCACUGCCUGUGACUGAAAUUACAGAAUAUAAAAGAGAUGUCAAACUGGGACGUUCUUGGUUGGAUAUGCAAAGGUGUCUUGAAGAAAAUCUUUUGGAAUAUAUGCAAAGUGAUAUGACUAGUGAGGAAUUAGCGCAAAUUCUUGGUGAACAUCGUGGGCCUCGUCAUUUAAGAUGCAACUCAGUUCCUCCUCCUCCAGGUUGGAUUAAGAUAAACAUCUAUGGAAUUGGUAAAAAGGGUGAUCAGCCAGGACGAUAUAGUGGUGUCUUUCAAGAUGAAACUGGAAUGUGUUUAGGUAGGUAUAGUGGUACCAUUCAUGUUGACGACAAUGUGAUUGCUGGACUGGAGGCCUUGAAGCACGGGUUGAUCAGAUGCACGGAAGGAAAGCCGAAUGCAAAAAAGUUGAUUGUGGAGUCCGAUAAUUUUAUACUUGUCCAAUUUGUUAAUCGUCGCCCUGAGCCAGAAGAAAUAACCAUGUGCAGGUUGAAAGAAAUUUUUGGCUUGAUGGAGCGUAUAACUUGUGUAAUUUACCAUGUGUAUGAAGAAGCAAAUGAAGCUGCUAGAAACUUGGCUCUGAGAGAUGAACGUGAUAAUCGUGCAUAGAUAGCUUUGUUCAAACAGGUUUCAAAUUCAAUUUACCGUUUAUGGAAAGUGAUGUUUUUUGUUUGUAAAAUCUGGAGAGACUUGAAGAAUGGAUGUUUAAGUUGUCAGGAUAAUUUACAUUUUAACUUUUGUUUAAUUUUGCUUUGGAUGUUUAGGAUGAUA